AUUUCUCUUAUUACGUACGAAUACAGCUGAAAGAAUGAAAGAAGAAUGAAUAACGCUAACGAAACGAGAGGCGAAGGAGGGCGCAGUUGUUUCUUGAUGGUAUACCGAAAAUCAACGUUUAACUAUUUCGAUCGACCCUAAACAAGAAUGACAGAACAGAGUAUCUUCACCGAGACCUUCACUGAGAUGUUUCGUAGGAGGAUUCCUCAAUACGGCGCCGCUGCUGCAGCCUGCAUGGGUGGAUUCUCGUUGGGAUGCGGCCUCGGUUGGAGCUCUCCGUGUGUCGGAAUACUGAGGACUCACUUGGACGACUUCGCGGUAAGUGUGAUCGCGUCGGUGUUCCCGGCAGGCGCGGCGUUAGGCACCGUCGCCGUGCCCCUGCUAGUCGACAGGAUCGGCCGGAAGUGGACAAUGAUGGUCCUGGUGCCGAUCAUCAUCGUCGGCUGGAUCCUAAUCAUUUCCGCGGGUAGGCUGGUGCCGCUCUUCGUGAUCGGCAGAAUCAUGACUGGCGCUUGUGGCGGCAUGUGCUGCGUCCUUGUGCCUAUGUACACCGCAGAGAUCUCCGAGAAACAUAUCAGAGGGACGACGGGUACCUUCUUCCAGUUGCUGAUCGUGCUCGGUAUACUGUACGUGUACAUCACCGGUUUCACAGAAAACGUCAUCGCGAUAUCCAGCCUCUGUUGCAUCGCACCGAUCGUGUUCGGCGUGGCGUUGUCCUUCAUGCCGGAGAGCCCGUUGUUCUAUUUGACGAUAAAUAAGGAGGAAGACGCGCGAAAGUCUAUGCGGUUCUUUCGCGGACCUGAUUUUGAUAUCGAGCCGGAGAUAACCGCGUUUAAGGAACAGGUGGAGAGAAGCAAAUUUCAAAGAGUAGCCCUCUCGACCUUCAUGAGAGAGCCCGUGUUGAAGACUCUGGGCGUGGCCUACGGUCUAAUGGUUGCCCAGCAAUUUAGCGGCAUUAACGCCAUAAUAUUCUACGGUUCCACGAUCUUCGAAGCGACAGGCGUCGGCAUGGAGUCGCAGUGGCAAAUCGUCAUUUUCGCCGUCGUCCAGUUGACAGCUUGCGUGGCAGCGGCGGUCUUGGUCGACAAGCUGGGACGCAAGGUACUCAUGGUGAUCUCCUUGGCGACGAUGUGUGCCUGCUUGGCGGCCUUGGCGGGUUUCUUCGUUCUGACAAACUAUCAGCCACAUUUAGCGGCUGAUUUGUACUGGCUUCCACUCACAUCGGUGUGCAUCUACAUACUCGCAUUCUGCCUUGGAGCUGGUCCAAUUCCAUGGGCUUACAUGGGCGAGAUUUUUCCUACGCGCUUGAAGGGUGCAGCGUCGUCCAGCGCGGCUUUCUUCAAUUGGCUACUGGCGUUUACGGUUACGAUAUCCUUUCCAAGCGCCGCCGAAGUACUAGAUUAUCCCGUGGUGUUCGCCUUCUUCGCCCUAUUGUGUGCUUUGGCCAUAUUAUUCGUAGUCUUCUGCAUGGUGGAGACUAAAGGCAAGACAUUUGCAGAAAUUGAACGGGCAUAUGGAACUCACGUGCUUGAGCAGAACGAAGAGCCUUCCAGUACGCAGUGAAGCAAAGAAUUUCCCAUGAAACAACCACCCGUCCAACAGGCAGGAAAGGCAUUCCAUGGAAGGCGAAUAGAGAGAAGACGGAGAGGGAUUCGUCGCGUUUAUAUAUCUGAUCAUACAGUUUGAUGUAUCGACAUUGACGCAUUUUGAAGCUGUCGUUUGUCGACGACGUAUAAUGUUCUCAAUAUUACAAAGAUGAAAAAUGAGAAAAGUGA